AUGUCGAACAUCGCCCGCUAUUUGUGUCUUUUGGUGCUUUUGCUGAGCCCCCCCGUUCGUGGACGUGGAUACGUGUGCGACUUUUCCUCGUCCAAGUACAACCUGGACUUCGACGACUACUACGCAGAUGUGACGUGCUAUCACGAAAUUGGCCAGGGAGACACCAUCGGAGUGAUCAUCCCCAAGUACAGAGACGGAAGAGAAAACACCCACAUUUUAACCCAAUGCUUUGAAGAAGUUUCACUAAACAAAUCAGGAAACAACCCAGUGUCCAUAUACAACAUAUUCACCCAAGACGAAAUUCAGGUGUCCGCUUCAAAUUCGCUAUACGACACAGAAUACGUGUCAUCAAUUUUAAAAAUAAAAAAUGUGCAGAAAAAUAAUUACAUCCAUUGUGUGUUCCAAAACAAAAAUGAAAAAAAUAAGGAAAUCCACAAAGGAGUGGCAAAAAUUGCAGUAAAAAAUUAUCCCGUUAAGAAUGAAAAUUUAUCCAACAAGCACGUCGUUGAUUUGUAUAACCAACUGAAUUUAAAGGCAGACAAUUCGAAUAACAGGUACAAAGUUACAGCUGAACCGGGACAUAUACUUUACAUACUGGGGAACAAACUAUCCAAUGGAAAAAACGUCUACUUUGACAAAAACUGUCCUAUCCGUUUUGAACAAAUAGGAGAUAUUUACAAACAUGUGUUCCCAAUCGUUAAUGAAGUAGAGGUACUGUUCGACUGCCCCAUGUAUUAUGAUGAGAAGGAAAAAAAAAUCUCCGUAGGAAACUUGCUUGUCACCUUUGAAGCCAAACCUCCAAGUAUAAAAUCCAUCAGUAAGGACAUUUUAAAAAAGCACAUAAAAUACCAUAUUGAAAAAAAGCUGCAUGAUAUUUUAAACGGCACAGAUUACACCAUGGGCAAUGUGGACGAUUCGGACGGAGGUAAUAAUCGAUACAUGGAACAGAGCGUAGAAAUAAACGAAACGCAAACAUCCAACCUUCAAUCCGAUAAUUUAAGCAAAGAACACUGUAAUAAUGAUGAAUGUAUAGACUUGUUUGAAAAAUCAAGUUGCUCUUCCCUUUGUGGAAAUGGAUACAGACUCCGUGAUGGCUAUGACGUACGCUACGACAUCCAAUCAGUCAUUCCUUGCAACCAUGGGGAUUGUACUCCUGAAGAUUCGAUUGAGCCCCUUGUCAUUUUCGCUUGGACCUCCAUUGUUUUCUUCUGCAUUAUGAUUACCCUUCUGAUCAUCACCAUUUAUUCACUGCUUCACGUUAGUAAGCAGAAGGUGGCCGACCCUUUCUUUAACUACGACUCGAACAUUAGAUCCUCGGGCGCGUUGUAA